AUGGGAUCAGGCAUCCACUCCAUGUUGGAAUUCCAGGAGACUCUGACGAAGGAGCUGCUGCCGCUGGCUUGGUCCCACGAUCCCCUCACCACCCUCAAGCUCAUUUGCAACCUCCUAGACAGGUAUAGGGACGGUUCAAAAUCCGAUGACGAGGCCUUCUACGCUGCAGCGUUUUGGCUGCACCACAACCACCCUAAGACCCUUGCCUGCAACCUCCUUCCUAUUGCCAGCGCCUUCGGCCAUAUUCUCGACGUUCUCGACAUUUUGUCUCGGGUUCUUCUACAAGGCAAUGGCCAGCAGCAGGUUGAUCAAUACUCUAUGACUUGGACCAGGAAGGAGAAGAACCAAUACUUCCAGUCCCAACAGUUCCAGUUCCAGUUAACACAAAAUGUAAGGAAAAAAAACAGGACAACUUGUCCUUUUCCUCGUCCUAAUCCUAGACAGAUUCGGCAAAUCAAGGCCGAAAAAGACAAGAAGAAAGCGAGCGCCUUGUUGAAGAGAAGGAAGACGAUUGCCACGGCCAACAAGGCUACUGACAGGUACCACGGAGACCCGGAUUAUCGGUUCUUGCACGACCAGGUUUCUGAUCUUAUGGCCGAGUGCUUGAAGCAUGAUAUUCAAAAAUGGAAAGAGCAUCAGCAGCAGCGUCGUGAGCAUGGCCAAAAGGAGAAGAAGAUGAAGACAUUGGAAUUGAACAUAACCAGUGUGGCAAGUUGCUUAGGUUUCAUGUUGCCCCCCACGGAUCAACUGAUGUAUGAAACCGUUGCGAGGAAGCUUUUCCAGCCAGGAGAAUCCCAAUCAGAAUUUUCGAACGCAAUGUCUCUUCAACGGCGGCUGCAGAAGGAGGUUUUGGUGCCCUUGAGACAAACCUUGGCGCCAGCCAACCAAGAAGGUGCCAACAAGUGGGGUUAUGAUCCAUGCCCGGUGUACGACCGAGUGUAA